AUGAACUACGAAAAUGGAAAUGACAAGCUGUAUAAAAUAACAUCUAGAGGACAGUACGAGCUUCAAGUCAAUCUAGAGGAUUUCAAUAGCGACAGAGCCUUUGCAAAAUAUUCUAGCUUCUACAUCGGCGACAGAUCAACUAACUAUAAACUGACAGUGAAGGGUUAUAGUGGAACGGCAGGUGAUUCUCUGACGCCUCAUAACAAACAAGCUUUUACAACAAAAGAUAAGGAUAAUGACAUUCAUAGCGGUGAAAAUUGUGCCAAAUAUUUCAAAGGGGCGUGGUGGUAUAGAAACUGUCAUUUAUCUAAUCUGAACGGACUGUAUCUAGGAAAUAAAAAGGACAACAAGGGAAUGCGUUGGGAGCAGUGGAAAGGAUCUCAGUCAAUGAAGACUACUUCAAUGAUGAUUCGUAGAAAACGGCUCUAACAUAGUGUGCUAUCAA